GCUACAUAAGUAAGAGAAGUUUGCUAUGAGCUAAUAAUCUUUGCCAUUUUCUUUAGAUUUGCCAGUGAAACUGCUUCAUCUCCUUCUACAAGUCCUGUAAAGCAUCUGGAAGUUUCAACUUCUUUUCCUUCUAACAAAGAAACCAUAGGCUCAUCUCAAAGUGACGUCGUUAGCAUGACACAUGAUGAGGAUAUUGCUACUGAUGAUUUGUCACAGAAAUCUGCGCCACUUCAGCCACCUGACCCACAGUCACAAUCAGAAGAUGAGGUAGAAAUAGAAAUGGAAGAAGAUGAAGCGCAAGGGGAAGCUGAGCUCCAGAUAACUGCUGCUGUAAUGGAAUUCACUGGAGACAGUGACACCGAGGAAACAGAAACGCAUGAUGAGGACUAUAGUAGUUAUGAGCUGGAUGACAGUGAUGCAGUACUUGAGAGUGAAAAUGGAAGCGCAGAACGUGGUUCUUCGGCAGUCGACUAUCCGAAAGUAACAUCUGUCACGGUAAAGGAAACAGCAGGUUCUUCUCUCCUUGACCAGCACUGUUCUCCAAAUGAAAAGACGCUAAGUCCCCCAGAGUCUCAUGUAGUAUCUUUGAAUCUCACACAAGAAAUACAGGGCAACCCUGCAUUGCCCUCCAUCAGUUCCAGUUCAUCACCUCGGCCACCUGAAGUCUCAGAGGAACAAUUACUCUCUACUUCGUACCGAGAAAAAACAGAAGUGUACCAAACACCAGUGGAGACUGGUGAGUUAUCAUACAUUUUUUCACCUCCUGCUGUUAUUCAAACAUUGGGAACACAAAGAGAGUCUGAUGGUGCUUUGGCUCAAACACCUAAAACACCCUCACUGGAGUACAUAUUUUCACCACCACUGACGCGCUCUAUGGCGAAACGCAGGUCUUUUGGAAUGACCCCUUCUGACUUAUCUGGAAGAAGACAAGUGACCAGACAAUAUACUCCUUACCAGUCUCCUUCUAAUAGUCCAAUCUCUUUCGUCUCACCCAUAACCCAGCCGAGUGUAUCCCCACGCAGCUCUCGAAAAAAAAUUGUACGUUUGCCAAUGCAUUCUAUGACUCUGCGAUCAAGAAAGUGUCCCGGAAGACCUACACGAGCUGCAAAGCUACCUCACACUAAUUUGUAAUCGGCUCAUGCAGUGCCGGUGAUGGAAAGUACAUUACGGGAGGUGUGCACAAGCUCUCAUCUGCUAGUCAAGACUGUAGAAUACAUUAACAAAUUUUUCCCGUUAUGAGUUAAUUGACAGGUUUAGUUUGUCUAUGCAAAGGUGUGUGUGACAUUUUAGUAGGGUAACAUGAUGUUUUGCAAUAAAUAUACCGUAUUUGAAAGGGAUUCAUGGCGUUACGUGUGAUUG